AUUUUUUAAUCAUGUCUCCACUUUUAUUUUUAAUCUGUAUAGAUAGAUGUCUUGUUUUAGAAUAAAACCCCUGUUGGAUCCUGUUGCUUCCAUGGAAGCCUCACCUUCCAGCACUGUAAAGAGUAAAAAGUUGUCAAAUACUAAGAAAGUUUCAAAAUCAAACGACUCUACUCAUAGAAAUGGUCUAUUUGUCUGUAGGUGGUGGGGUUCUUUGUUCACUUGUUCCUCUUUCCCUUCAUACUAUUUCUUUUCUAUAAUAUUUCUCUUUUUCUCCAUUUCUUCUUCUUCUUUCUCCUUUGCUUCAUCACAACCCUUAGUAGCCACUCCACCGACGAAAGCCCUUUAUAAUACUGUUGAUUUUGUUCAGACCCAUAAGCACAAAAACCCAUUUACUAAUAACAGAGUAGUUGUUAGUAUUUCAGUUUUGGGUGUUUUGGUGUUUGUUUUCUUUGCUUUAAUGGCGUUGUUUAAGUGUUUGGGAUUCAGGUUAAGGCGGCGGGGUGGGGGUACUGACGCUAGGGUUGCUGGUGAUUUGGAAGAAAAUGGGGAUGGUGUGAAAAAAAUCGAGGUGAGGAGGUUAUUUACUUGUGAUGAAGUAGAGAAAUUCACCAUGAAUUUAUCGAGGUCGAGGUUGAUUGCUUAUGGAGGAUUUAGCACAGUGUAUUUAGCCCAAUUUCCUGAUUCAAUGUUGGCUGCUGUUAAAAUCAUGGAUUUAAGCAGUGAGCGUUUCCAGAGAGUUUACAAGCAAGAAUUAGACAUUUUGCUUCAAAUUCAACACGAAAACAUCGUGAAAUUUCUUGGCAAUUGUGAUAAUGGAGAAGAAGGUAUGUUAGUUUUUGAAUAUGUUCCCAAUGGAACUUUACAGGAGAAAUUGCACGGCGCUGAUGGAAGAAAAUCACUCUCAUGGAGAAACCGUAUGGCUAUAGCAUUUCAACUUGCUAAAGCUAUUAAAUAUCUCCAUGACAAAUGUCCACUCCCAAUAGUUCAUGGCGAUAUCAAAUCUUCGAAUAUUUUACUAGACAAGAAAUUUAACUCCAAACUCUGCGAUUUUGGGUCAGCUAAAAUGGGAUUUUCUUCGACGAUCUUACCACCGUCAGCAAAUCGUAUGAUGCUUGGUUCUCCGGGAUACACAGAUCCUCAUUACUUGAGAACUGGUAUUGCUUCAAAGAAAAAUGAUAUAUACAGCUAUGGCAUAAUUAUUCUGGAAUUAAUUUCUGGAUUUGAAGCACUUUCAUCUGACAAUGGAGAAAGAUUAACAUCAAAAGCUGGUACUAUAUUAAAGGAUUCAUCUAAAGUAGCAGAAAUGGUGGAUUCAAAGCUCAAUGGAGCUUAUGAUUUGGAAGAAGCUAAAGCUAUGGUGUCAUUAGCAGGAUUUUGUCUUGGUGAUUCACCAAGCCUUAGGCCUUCUGCUUCAGAAAUCUUGGAUACUAUAACAAGUAAAAUUUCUUCAAUGUCCUUUCUGGUUUCUCAUGAUCAAAAAUGUUAAAAGACUCAUUGUUAUUAUUAUUAUUAGUAUCCUUUAAAAGAGUGAAUAACAAAUAUUGUCACUGGGAGUGAUGAUUUAGGUGAAUUUCUGUAAAUUAAUAUGUAUAGGGUGAUUCUGCCAUGUUUGUUUGAAACAAGGAGUUUAUACUUAGUACUCAUAGUGUAAUGAAUUCAGUUCAAGCAAUUCCAUGUUUGAACUUUGGAAUUUCAAUGGUUAGUUAUUUAAUUUCU